AAUAAUCAUUGCACUAUAAUAUUUGAACAUAAAAACGUAUUAUUUAUUUUUUGGAAACAGUCUUACCAAAGUCUUACUUAAUACAAGUUGUGACUCUAUAUAGUGACCUUAAUACAAUACUUCCACUGUAAAAAAAUACUUCAAAUAACUAUGGCAGAACCCGAGCCCAAUCAAUUAAUGUCGUGCCCGUACAACAUGGCACACCAGGUCGAACAUUAUCGUAUGCACAUCCACCUCCAGAAAUGCAGGAAACAGUACCCCAAUUGUAAGAAAGUAACCUGCCCAUUUGAUGCUACUCACAUUGUCAAUGAUGUAGAACUGGAUUACCACGUGACCUACUGUCGCAAGCGCGUCAUGCUUGACUCUCAGAUAUACGUGAUGGAUGAUGACUACCGACCUGUCGUGGAGGUGCAGCCGCCGCCGGCCGUGAUACCCUGCGACGAGAACUGGGAUGAUGAAGUAACAACGUCGUACAAGCCCGAUAUGUCCAAGAAGGGUGCUCAUAUAAUUACUAAGAUUAAGGGUGCUACGCCCUCCGAGAGACGAAAGGCUCGCAUGGACGGCAUCAAGAAUUAUAGACCAUUGGAGAACUAAUUCAGUGUACCUCUAAAUGUUACUACAAAACUCGUGACUUCAUCUGCCAAAAAUAAGAAGGAUUGAAGGGGUGAAUCCCCUUCUAAAUUAGUUAUUAAGAUUACAGGUGGCAUAUAUCCCUAUUGACUACCACUAAUUGUUGCUAAAGUAUCAGCAAUUUCAUCUGCACAAACAAGAAGGGGUGAAAUGGGGGAUGAAUCUCUGUUAAGAUCAAAAAUGGCAUAUAUGUCUAUAGACCACCACUAAUUCUUAUUUUACUACCAGUGAUUUCAUCUGCACAAACACGAAGGGGUGAAAUAGGGGAUGAAACUCUUCUAGAUUAUUUAUUAAGAUCAAAGGUAGCUUAUAUCCCUGUAGACUACUACUGACUAUUAUUAAAGUACCCAUGAAUUUAUCUGCAUAAAAAAAAAAGGAUGAAAUAGGGAUGAAUAUCUUCUAGAUUAUUAAGAUCAAAGGUUGCAUUGCCCCAAUAGAUCACUGGAGAAAUAAUAUAAUUAAUGAUAGCUCUAAUAGUCAACGAACAACCUGUGACUCACAAACAAGAAGGGAUGAAAUCUCCUAUUUCAUCCCUUCAUGAAUCUCCUUCUAGAUUAUUUAUAAGCCGCUUGAGAUUAAUGUAAUUCAUUAUGACAGUAACUAUUAUAACUCCCUUGGACUUCUCAAAUGGCCUAUGUCCCUUCUCAUAAUUCUAUAUUAAAUAAUAAAAAAUACAAAUUUUCACAAAAUAAAUAUAUUUUUUAUCUAUAUUCUAAAUUACCACACAAACCGAGCUUAAAUAUUAUUGUAAAAUUCAUACUGAUGUUGUAUUUAUGAUGUGUAUUUAUUUAUUGACCGGCUGCUAAUGGCCAUUAUAAUAUAUAACUUAAAUAAGUCUUAUAGUUAUAAGGUCGUAACUAGUGUUGUAAUUUAACUUAUGUAUUUUACAUAAUUACGGUACAUUAUAAAUAAAUAAAUAAUAAAUAACCCUGUACAAUUAACACAGCGCCAUCUACUCCUAAGAUAAACAGAGCUUGUGUUAUGAGAGAUAACUGAUUUAAAUAUAUUUUUCUUUGUAAAUACUAACAUAACAUGCAAACAAACAAACAAACACCCAGACCGAUACAAAUAAUCAGGGAUGUUAUGGAUGUGAAAUAUCGGAUAUGGAUAGAUUUCGGAUAUAGGAAUGAUUAUCAUACCGGAUACGGAUAUGAAAUUAUUUCGGUUUAACCGUUAGUUUCGGACAAUUUCAUUUGCGGAUAUUAAAGUAAAAUACAAAUAGCUAAUAAAAAUGGUUACAUAACAUAUCUCAUUAGGCUCCGUCACGUAUAUUAUAUACCGUAUCGGAUAGU